AUGACUAUCAAGCGUAUUGUCGUUUGUGGCACCGACCGCACGCAGCAAGUCCGUCGUCGCAUCUACGCAGGUCGAAUUGCUUCCAAUUUGUCAAGAUUACACAGUGCUGAAAAUGCUGACAGACAACGAGCACAACGGCCCAUGAGUGAACCUAAUGAAAACGUUAUGGAUCAUCCAACCGGGUCAUUCCAUGUCUUUCAAGACAAUGAACAAGAGGACCGGGAAGACAUCAACGAAGACGAGCAUGAAGACAAGACCGAACAGGCCCCUGUAUGGGUUGACUUGAUUGAAGAACAGCCAGACGACAUUGAUGAUCUGAUUGCAGCCAACAAAGAGCGACAUCGUCAACAAGCACGCGACUUCAAUUGGGCUGUACUCAUCAAUUACCUCUUGCCAGUCUACAUGAGGCUACGAAUAGUGACCAAAAAUUGGUCGUCUACUAAUAGUUAUGAUACGUUUUCCAGCUGCUUGACAACAUGUUCGAAGAAGUACAAUCGCUUGGUUGAUUUGCAACGCAAGCAAGUCACCUUUUGUGAAUGUACUAUGGAUGGUGUUAGGCUUCUGCAACAAGGAUACCUUGCUGGCUCACCAGUCAAGCCACAGACUGCUUUUUCGCUCCCGCUUCUCAUUUUCCACAACAGCCUCUGGAAUCACUGCCACAUAGGUGCACAGCCCUUCACAUUAGCCCUCAACGAUUGGCUUGAACCUCGAUCACAGAGAUUGUGUGCCCGAAAAGGAAAACAUCCCAGACAGCUCCGAAAACCAUUCUCAGCUGCAGUUGACAUGUUCCGACAGCUGGAAGAGAAAAGGAAAAAGUCAAUCUUCUCGGUGUUGGGGCUCUCUAACCAGGAAUUUGUCUUGAUGGCAACUUCCAGCACCGUCACCAAAUCAAAGCUAGUCGCAAUCACGAAAAACUACGCACACCUCAAUUUUUCAUCAGCCAGGCGGAUGUCGAUAUUGUCUCACAAGAAAUUCGAGACCAAGAAGCUCAAGGAAUGA